AUGCCAGUCGCAGUGAUCACCGGCGCCAGUUCGGGAAUCGGACGAGCGGCUGCGAUUUUAUUCGCCAGAAAUCGGUAUUUUUCAUUUUUUCUCAGUUCAUAUCAAAUUUAAGCUUGAUCAAGUAUUUUUUUCGUUGAGAGAUUCUGUUGAUGAUUCCGAGGAAUUUUUGUUGAACUCAGUAGGAAAAAAUGACAAAAGGACAUCCUUUUGAAUUUUGUCGAUGAAAUAAAUCAAUAAUUAUGACGCGCUGAGAUUAAUUUAGAUUAAUUUAUCGAUUUUUUCAAGGUAUCAACUUUCGUUGACCGGCCGAAAUGAAGCGGCUCUGAAGGAAGUCGCUGGCGAGUGCGUCAAGGCGGGAUUACCCGAGAAUGACGUCAGUUCUUUGAAGAUAGUGUGUGAAAAGAGGAGAGUUUAGAGAAGCUAGAGUGUCUGGAUUUUCCCAUUGAUCGUAGGUUUACUCUUGGCGGGAUUACCCGAGAAUGACGUCAGUUCUUUGAAGAUAGUGUGUGAAAAGAGGAGGGUUUAGAGAAGCUAGAGUGUUUGGGUUUCCCCAUUGAUCGUAGGUUUAGCCACGGCAAAAUAACCGGAGAGUGACGUCAGUUUUUAGAAGAGAGUGUGAGAGAAGUGGAGGGUUUAGAGAAGUUAGAGGGCCUGGGUUUCUCCAUUGAUUUUAGGUUUAAUCACCGCAAAAUAACUGGAGAAUGACGUCAGUUUUCAGGAGAGAGUGUGUGAAAAGUGGAGGGUUUAGAGAAGCUAGGGUUUCCGCGAAAUUAAGAAUAUGAUAUAAAAUUUGUCCAGACAAGAACUUUAUUAUCUCUCGUCUCAAAAUGGCAGAACUUCAAUUGGAAAUUUAUUGAUGUGUUAGUCCAGUGGCUAAACAAUUCAAAUGAGAAACGAGACUUGCUGGUUCGAUUCCUAUCAACGUUGAAGAACUUUUGCAUUUCAGUUUUGUAGUUCUUUUACAAUGGUUAUUUAUUCAAAUCGUUUGGUGUAGUGGUGAAGAUUUUUGAAUAGGAAAAUCGUAUCGAGAGUUCGAUUCGUGGUGGCUGAAAAAUGUCCAAAAUUUUUUGCAGUUUCAAAUUUUUUUUCCACCAAUGAGUAAAUUUAAGGUAAUCAUCACCUCGACCGAGCUAACUUCUGAAGAGGCUCCGAAGAAAAUCAUCGACGCUACUUUGGGCAAAUUCAACCGAAUCGACACGUUGGUCAGUCCUUUUUCACGAGAAUAAUGACGCAAAAAGGGAAAGAACGGGUUUUUGUCGACCCUUUGCACGUGAACGGCCGUUCCACGAGAGACGGCCCAUUCGGCGGCGUCUCUCUCGCCGGCUGGAGGGUCCAGACACCCACGGCCACACACGAUUCAACAUGAGACUCGGCGAUGGGAGGCUCCAGUCGGACGCAGCAAAUGGCCGCCUGACCGCCUCGAUUCGCCUCCUUUGCUAUCCUAUAAAAACUCUCAGGGCCUUACAUAAGACCCCGAAGUACAAUUUUUGGAGCCCUUGCUUCGGUAAGGGUAAAAUGACAAUGAAAUGGAGAAUUUCCGACGUUUUAGGUUCCCUUAAACUGGACCCAAUCCAGGCUUUUUUGAACUUUUUUUCACGGUAUCAUGCUGGAAAAGUCGGUCGGUCAGUUUGGAAAACUAGGCCACGCCGCAUUAUUGCUCCAUGGAACACUUAGAAUUUCGAUCUUUUUUCUUUUCUGAAUUUUUUUUCCUUCUUUUAAUUUUACUAAGAAGGGUUUCGCUUCUUUUCAUUCAACUAUAUCGUUCUUGCGAGUAAAAAUACGAUGGUUACUAAAUUCAUAAUUAUAAACUGAUUCAAUUUUUUUGAAAUUUCUCAUUAUUUUUUUGGAUCGAAAAAUAACUUCAUAUAACCAAAUGAGUGAAAUAAAAAAUUAUAAGAAACCGGAAAAUGAGAUAAUGUGUAAAAUACACAAAAAAAGGCAAGAAAAAAAAUUACCCUUAAAAAAAGGUAAACCAUUACCUAGGAAACAAUGAUAAAUACGGAACAGUUUAUUUUGAAGUGAGGAGCAUGUGUCCCAUAUCCUAGAAAAACUGAUAAAAAAAGGAAGGAAAAAAAUAUAGAAAAAAAUAGAAAAAAAGACUGAAAUUCGAUUUUUCCAUGGUGCAAGAUUACGGCGUGGCCUAGUUUUCCAAAUCGGCGUGGCCUAGUUUUCCAAACCGACUGAACCGACCGACUUUUCCAGCAUGCCUUUUUUCACAAGUCAAUUUGGAAAAAAACUUGUAAAUUUGCUCUGAUUUACUACUAUUUUUUUCCAUAAUAUAACCAGUUUUUCAAUCAUUUUAUGCCAAGUUUAAAAAAAUUUUUCUCCAGAUCAAUUCGGCCGGAAUUUUGCGCGCCGGCGCUGUCCUCGAUAGCGAUAUCUCGGUCUACGAUGAGCUUUUCGAUGUGAAUGUCAAAACGUUGGCUAAUUAAUGGAUCAACUAAUUAUUUUGGAAAAGAUUUCUAGAAUAAUCCGACUCACGAAAACCGCUCUGCCGCAUUUGAUCAAAUCGAAAGGAACUAUCGUCAACGUCAGCAGCAUCAAUGGCCCGUGUCCAGUUAGUUGAUUUUUUUUUUUCUGGAACACAUUUUAUCGAUAAUGAGAACCUGGGUUUCAGCAGCAUAAUUGAAGAAAAAAGAUUCAUUUUUGAUUUGCUGAGGGUAAAAAAAAAUAAAGGGAAAACAGCAAAUUCGAACCAUUUCCUUUAACUUUAACGUAAUUUUUUUUUUUUGAUACGUGGAUUCUGGAAAAAUGUUAAUUUGAGUAAAUGCGCUCUAUGGACUAAAUUGCUCUUGGAAACUUUGAACGACGAGGCUUGAUUUGUAUUUCUUGACUUUUUUUCUUCUCACUUCGAUAUUUCUUAUUCUGUGAUUAUAUCGAACCAUAGAUGGACAAGUACAUAACUUAGUCAGGCCGGGAGUGGGAGUUCGAUUUUCUCGGAAAAUUAGGAUAAAAGUUAAUUUUCAACUUCCGGGAGGUAGUUUCGGCCACAGUAGUACAAGUUUUAGCCUCCGGGAGGUAGUACUAACGUUAAUUUAGAAAAACUAGGAAAGACUUUUAAAAAUGGGCUGCCCCUGUAUGUAUCGAACGCAUUGAGUUGAAAGCCCUUUUUUCGUUUUUUGGACCGGCUUUUCGAGAUUUUUCCCCUUGUCAGUGAAGCUUGAAAGAUCCGCCUUUUGAAGAUUUUUUUCUUGUUAUUUUCUCAUUUAUCUAACAAGUGAAGAUUCGAUUCAUCUCUGAGAAAACUUGACCGGACUCACGAAGCUUUUGAAUUUUAUCCGUGGAGCGAAAAUGGUCCAACUUUUGAAGCCUUUAUCACGAUUUUAUUCUUCAAAUUGGAUUUCAACAUUUUUCUUGUUUUCCCGAGUCAAUGCGUAUAUGAAAUUUGUAGAAAAGUUAUCAAAAUCGGACAAUUUCUCUAUUAUUGUACUGGUUAUCAGUGGAGCAUAAAUGAAGCGGUAUGCGAGGCUUUUUUCAGUAAUUUCUAGCCAGGAGCAGGCUUGUGCGUGAGGCCGGGCGGCCCGGCCGGCCUGGCCCGGGCUUUGGGCCUUAUUUUCAGGAAAAAAAGCCCGCGUGGGCUCGGGCGGGGCCGGGCUUCAAAAAAAUUUAAAAUUUCAUUUAAAAAAAUUUUUCAGCGAAAUGUGACUUUUUACUUCUGAAUUCAUAGUUUUUUUGUUAAACUUUAAUAGAAAAAAAUGAGCAAAAAAACGUAAUUUUUUUGUCGUAAAAAAACUUGAUAUCCGACUAGAAAAAAAUUGCGCGAUUCGGGCCGGGCGGGCCAUUUUUUUCUCGAGGCCCGCUAAGGCCGGGCCGGGCCGGGCUUACGAAAUGGUCGGGGGGCCGGGAGGGUGACGGGCCGGCCCUCGCACAAGCCUGGCCAGGAGUUGGAAUUUUUCUAAAAUGUUCAUCUUUUGUUGUGUCUACCCAAAUGAUUGAUUUAAAAAGUUGGAAAGUUUGAGGAUUUUUUUUAAAAUUUUUUUGUAACCAGCCUGUGGAAUUUUCGUUUCUUUGGAGCUAGUUUUGAGAGUUUCCGAAGCUUUAGACUGUCUAUAAACCAGCCCAGAAGCUAUAUUUUCCGAAAUCUAGCUACGGCUUUCUAGUAGAAUUACUUGCCGAGCGAAAACGGAUGAUUUUCUCUCGCAGAAAGCAUCUUUUCCCAUUCAACACUUUAUUUCUCUUCAUUCAGUGGAUGACAAUCGGUUUAUAGUUCCCCAAUGUCACCUACUAUUGCAUGUCGAAAGCGGCCCUGGAUCAGUUUACCAAAUGUUUGGCACUGGAAAUGGCGCCCAACGGGGUUCGCGUCAAUUCCGUCAAGUUUUUUCCACCGAUUCAUUCAAAGAUUAAUCUUUGAUUUUUUGUGCAGUCCCGGCGUCACCGUGACGAAUCUGCAUCGGCGGGCCGGACAAGACGAAGCGACCUACGCUGCGGUCAUUUUGUUAUUCAAUUCAUCCCAGACGAAUUACAAUUACAGUUCUUGGAAAAGUCCAAAACGACCCACGCCCUCGGACGUCCCGGUGACGUCAAAGAGGUCGGUUUCGAUUUGCACCCGACUUUGAAACGACUUGCGCGUUGAACGACCAUUUCCAGGUCGCCGAGGCGAUCCUCUUCUUGGCCUCGGAGAAAAGCUCCUUCACCACCGGACAACUAUUACGUGUUGACGGAGGCCGCGGAAUCAUGCAUCCCCGUUGA